AACGAAAAUAUUGUAUAAAUCAAAUUUAUAAUUUUUUUUUUGCGCCGAAGUGGGAUCACUUGGGCAAAGAACACAAAAAAUGCCAUAAACAAAAAAAAUCAUUUAUGAGUAAACUGAAAACACGAAAAGAUAAAACAGAACGAAAUACUAAAAACAUCAAAUCUAAAAAAAAAAGACAAAAAAGAACCCGAGGAGGUGUAAAUGGAUAACCACCGGUAAAUUUUACCGCUGUCGCCGCUUCCUUCGCGAGCGAGAAGGACAACAGCAACAGAAACCACAGCAAUAGUAAUAACAGCAACUGCAAGAACAACAACAAUAAGAGGAACCGCAGACGUGCAACGCACGUUGUCCUGCUCCCGCCCGCUGCCGCCACUGCUACCGAUUCUUCUUACUCUCUCUUUAACAUUAUGGACACCAUCUGUAGAUUAUGCUUCCAAACGGCAACGCUCUUCCAGGUGCCCGGCUAUAGCAUACCCACGUGCGUCCGCUGCUCGGAACAGUUGACAAAUAAUUCCAACUUCCAUCAAUCGGCAGCGGCGGCAGCGGCAGCAACGUCGACGCCAGCAGCGGCCGCUGUUGCCGCUUCGGCUGCCGCAGCUGCUGCCGCUGCAGCAGCAGCCGCCGCUGCCGCAUCCUCGACGUCGACGGCCUCCUCCAGCGACAGCGACGCCGUCACCCAGCUGACGAACGGUGGCGGUGGUAAUGCCGCCAACGCCGCUGCCGCUGCUGCCGUACUGCAAUUGCAGCAUCAGCAGGCGCAGCAGCAGCAGCAGCAACAACAACAAAUGCAAUCAUCGAGUUCUUCCGAGAAUCUACAGUCGCAGGACGAUUCCGAAGAUGUGGAUCUGAUAUUCAACGAGGAGGGCUCCUGCCCACUAUGCAACAAGACUUUCUCGCGCAAAUCCUCGCUCAUGACGCACAUACGGAAUCACUCCGCGGAGCGUAAGUUUGUGUGCACCUAUUGCCACAAAGGCUUCACGCAGGCGGCCAAUCUGCGGAACCACGAACGUAUCCACACGAACGAUCGUCCCUACCAGUGCGUGGACUGCGGCAAGACCUUUACCCAGAUCACCAACCUGAACAAUCAUCGGCGUCUGCACACCGGCGAGCGUCCUUUUGUUUGCAAUGAACCAGAGUGUGGUCGCAGCUUUGCUCAGGUGACGAACCUGAACAACCACAUGAAGUCGCACCACAAAGUGCAGCAAUAUUGCUGCAACGUUUGCAACAAGAAGUUCACUCAGGUGACCUCCCUCAAUCAGCAUUUGCAGGCGCAUGCCGGCGUCACCGGCUACUAUUGUCCACGCUGUCCGGAGAAGAACUUUAAGCUGCAAUCGCAGCUUCAUACGCACAUGAAGACGCACGGUUUGGCCUUUCCGUACGAGUGCGGCAAGUGCGAUGAGAAGUUCCUGCAGCAGGCGCAUUUGGAUCAGCACUUAAAGAUGCACGAUGAGUUCAAGUUCAAGUGCGACAUUUGCCCGAGCAGCUUCAAUCAGGAGUCGCUGCUAAAGAAGCAUGUGCAGCGGCAUGUCGAGGGUCGUUAUCUCUCCUGCCCGGUGGCCAAUUGUGCCGAAUCGUUUGCCGUGCGCCAGCAUCUGUCCAAGCACCUGUUAACCAGCCACUCGCACCAUGAACUGCCGCCACCGAAGCGCUCCAAGAAGACCGGACAUAUGCAGUCGGGACAGCAGCAGCCGCUGGCGAUGAUUGGUCAGCCGUUAUCGCUGCAGCAUACGACGGGGCAGCGUGGACGACCGCCGAAGAACAAGAACAAGGCUACCUUGGCCGCCACGGCCAUUAAGAUUGAGAUCAAUGAGCCGCUCCACAGCCAGCAUAUCAGCAGUGCCAGCGGCCUGUCCAUUCAGCAGCAGAUUAACCAGCACAUGCAGCAGCAGCAGCAGCAGCAGCAACAACAGCAGCAACAACAGCAGCAGCAACAGCAGCAGCAGCAGCAUCUCCAUCUGCCGAUGGGUCAGGCGGUCAAGGCGCGCUUCAUACCCACUAAGUAGAGUAGGUUAGCAAGGAAAGAAAGUAUGGAAAGUAAGGAAGAAAACGAAAGAAGGUCUCUCUAAGCUUAAGCCCACAAUCGAUCAGUUGCUAAAAGAAAAAAAUAACAGAAAACAACCCUGAUUAGCCCUAGCGCCAUAGCCAAAGUAGCAUCACAUACCCACAGUUUCCCCACAAUCAAUCUUGAGAACUUGAAACAUAUUCCAGGAGUUAUCAAUCUUUAGGUUUCUUUCAUAAUUUUAUAUUUUUGUAACACGUUCUGAAGGCGUUCAAAACUUUUAUUUUUUGUACUCUUUUUUUUCCACUUUUUUUUGUGUACAAAAUUGCUUAGCAGCCAACGAAAAUGGAGAUUUUAUGAAAUCAUAUGUUCUGUUCAGCGAGUCUAGAGUCGGCGGCAAGCUGCUGGUUCAGUUUGGUGUCUGGUCUCCUGCCUCCCUGGUUCCCAUUGCCGCCAAUGAACCCUCAACAGUAGUGCUCCUCCCCCCCCUUUAACCAGCAAUAUUUCAAUUUUAUGCACCUCCUAAAACACAU